AUGAUGUCGGCCAGCCACACGAACUAUGCGGUUGGGCUUGUGGAGGCAUCGGGAAGCGCAAUUCCAGGCCCUGGCGAAGCGGUGCAGCAGGUGGAGCUUUAUGUUCAGAAGUUCAAAGACCUGGAGAUGCCAUCGGAGGCGAGCCGUGGUUCGGAGGUGCAAGAGCUCCAUGGGCAGUGCCGCAUGCUGCCUCCACUACGUGCGGAUGCGCCCGUGGCGGAGCUCGUCCUUGAGUCGAUGGAGCCGUGGUACGACGACUGCGCCUGCCUCUGCUCGCAGACAGCCGGCUGCCGCUCUUUGUUGUACCGCGAAUCCACAGGCGAGUGCUUCCUCCUGGCGCGGCCCUGGAAGAAUGACUACAUGCCACCCGAGACAGGUGACGACAUCGUUGCCGCGACCAAGUUGUGUGGUGAAGCUCAGUGCCCCUUUCGCUACUUCAUGCUGGAUGUGGAGAAGGCGACGGAUGCCGAGGAGGCCGCGUGGAAGCUGGCGGAGCUUGAGCUGAGGGGCCGCUUCGGCAAGAUCGACAUCCCGGCAGAUGCAAGCAAUGUGUACUUGCUUGAUGGGCGUCCUCGCAUAGCCCGGAGCUUGAUGGCGCGGGGGACUGAUGCCCUUCAGGUGGUCGAUGGUGAUGUGACAACCAGUGUCGUGACAGAUCCUUCUUACUCGACGGUGAAGGACGACUCAGUGGUCAAUGGCAAGCGCCAGGAUGGAGUCUCCCUCGCUGCGAAGUUAAUCUUGGACCUGGCAGGGGAGCACCACGUCCGGGAAGUCGUUCUGACCUCGAGCUUGGGGGAGUCUGGUGCCAACAGCACCCAGGUCUCUGGCAAAGUCGGGAAUCCCAAGACUUUCGACAUCCGAGGCUCCAAUGACCUUGCCUCCUGGACAACCCUGGCCAAGAUCUCCGACCUCGAGGCGCUGGCGAAACCCGGGCAGGUCUACGUGGUUCCGCUGAUGUGCCCUGCUCCGCUGUAG